GUGAUAAAGGCGUACGAUCAUAAAUACCAGCAAUAUGUGGCGCUAAAAUUGGUGCGGAACGAGAAGCGCUUUCAUCGGCAAGCCGACGAGGAGAUAAGGAUUCUGGAUCACCUACGUCGACAAGACACGGACGGCUCACAUAAUAUAAUCCACAUGUUGGAUUAUUUUAAUUUCCGUAAUCAUAAAUGUAUUACGUUUGAGCUGUUGAAUAUCAAUCUCUAUGAGCUUAUAAAGAAGAAUAAAUUCCAAGGAUUCAGUCUUAUGUUAGUGCGGAAAUUUGCCUAUUCAAUGCUGUUAUGCUUGGAUUUAUUACAACGGAAUCGUCUGAUACAUUGUGAUUUGAAGCCGGAAAAUGUGUUGCUGAAACAGCAAGGGCGAAGUGGAAUAAAGGUCAUCGACUUUGGUUCCUCAUGUUUCGACGAUCAACGUAUUUACACUUAUAUCCAAUCGAGGUUCUAUAGAGCUCCAGAAGUGAUCCUUGGUUCGAAAUAUGGCAUGCCGAUCGAUAUGUGGUCACUCGGUUGUAUACUAGCCGAACUACUAACUGGUUAUCCGCUCCUCCCUGGUGAGGACGAGAACGAUCAGCUCGCCUUAAUAAUCGAGCUGCUCGGUAUGCCGUCUAAUAAGGUACUAGAGAACGCGAAACGAGCGCGGACAUUCAUAUCAUCAAAGGGCUAUCCUCGGUAUUGUACGGCAUCGGUAAUGCCUGACGGUUCCGUAGUGUUGAGCGGUGCUCGUAGUAAACGAGGGAAGAUGCGUGGUCCACCAGGAAGUCGAAGUUGGAAUACGGCCCUGAAAAAUAUGGGUGAUGAACUGUUCAUUGACUUCAUGAAGCGAUGUCUGGAUUGGGAUCCUGAAACUCGAAUGACACCGGCACAAGCGCUCAAACAUCAAUGGCUACGUCGAAGGUUACCUUGUCCUCCGCACUGCGAAGCAGCUGCGGAAGCACGAUUCAGGCCUCGCUCCAUCACUGAUGACGGGUUCAACGAGUGCUCUACGUGCAGUCAGCUCCACGAAUAA